GUACAUGAGAUGUUUCUAUCUGUUCCAGCGUCUUUAAAAACAUAGCUUUCGUGUAAAUUGACCUCUUGGGGAUAUUUUUUUUUCUUUUUUAGUGUGCCUGUUAGCUUAAUAUUCAACCGUCUCCUCGUUGAGUUUUAACCAGAUAAAAGGAGUAAAUAUCAAUAACAGCGUGUGUAGCAUGGCGGCUGUGGACAGCUUUCAAUUGUUGUACAGAGAAAUUUCUCGGUCGUGCAGCUCUUACUUUGAAACUCUGGCCCUGGUCGGAGCUGUGUACGCUACCAGGAGAGCAGUCGUCCUGCUGAGGGACUGCUGCACAGUGGUGAGGGUCCAUUUCCUGCCAAGGAUGAUGCCCAGUGGGAAGCUAACCCAGAGAUAUGGGGACUGGGCUGUUAUUUAUGGUGCAUCUGAGCCUGUAGCCCGUGCAUAUGCAGAGGAGCUGGCUCAGAACGGCGUCAGCAUCAUCUUCAUCACUCAGGACAGCUCCUCUGUAAGAGACAUCGUCGCAUUCCUCACCCAAACGUACGGGGUGGAGACCUCUGUUGUUACAGCUAACUUCUCUCUGGGCCAAGCAGCAGGUAAACCCAUCACAGAAGCCUUGAGGGGUAAAGAUAUUGGCUUUCUGGUGAACUGUGUAGAUGAAACAUUGGCCUCCUCACCUCGGAGCCUGAUUGAAAUUCCUGAGCAGGAUGUGUUGGAUCAGGUGAAUAGGAAUGUUACUGCUGCUACUCUGAUGGCCCGACUGGUGCUGCCAGGGAUGGUGGAGCGCAGCAGAGGAGCUGUGGUCAAUAUAUCAUCAGGCGCCUGCUGCAGACCCCAACAUGGAAGAGUGACACUCACUGCCUUCACUGGAUACUUGGAUCAUUUCUCAAGAGCUCUUCACUUUGAGUACAGUGACAAAGGGAUCUUCAUUCAAAGUCUGAUUCCUUUGCAGAUAGCUUCAAGCAGGCGUCAACCAUCAUCCCCAAGAGAAGGGUGGUUUGUUCCAAGUCCAGAGGUUUAUGCUCGUCAUGCUAUUUCCACCCUGGGGGUCUCCAACAGAACCACAGGUUACUGGCCUCAUACACUCCAGUACGGACUAAUCAGGUGUAUUCCAGAGUGGAUUUGGAUCCUUGUGUCACGGGUGGUCCUCGGUGCAACCUAAGAGCUGAAAAGCCUCUUACUGCAUCUUGUUACACAAGAAUUUAGUUUCAGAUUCAUUAGACAUUAUUUAUUCAUAAUAUACCCACAAACUCUGUUAAAGUUGGAUAAGGAAGUCCACAAAUAUCUUAAUUUAAAACAAUGAGUAGGGAGAAUAGGUUACAAUUUUCUGUUUUAAUUUAGUUAAAAAUGAAUGUACAAAGACAAAGCCAACAGCACUACAAUAUUCUGUGACCAAAAAAUCCCACAACUGAACAUAUCUGAAAAAAUAGGUGUUUGCUUUAUUUGCUUUCUGUGUGAUUUCAAGGUAUUAAAUACAUUUUGCAGUGAUGCAGAGUGAUGCUUUGUGUGCCUCUCGCUUUAACAGGCUCAGAUCGAACCAGGGUAUGGUUUAUAAAUAAAGGCUGAAUUUUCCCAGAUUUAAACUAGCAGAGAUCACAGAAGAUUUCAAGCCCAUUUUUAAACUAGAAACAUAAAAGUUCUUUAUGGAUCAGUGCAGAUAUUUCUACAGGGGUCACCUGUAAAUAAACUGAGAAUCCAAGGAUGGAUGGAUGCAUGGAUGGACUGACAAAUUGCAGAUGGAUGAAUGGAUGGAUAAAUGUGGAUGGAUGUGAGGAGGGAUGGAUACAACAUUUUGACAUGGGACGGGAUAAAGUCUGUCACUACAAAUAUUUUUUAUUCUCUAUUUGUUUUUCCAUUAAAUUCCAAAUAUUUUCCAACUGCGUUGAAACUCUGUCCAACUUAUCCUGCAGAGAUACAAAGAGACAAUAUUUGCAUUAUAAAAAGAAGUUACAAACCAAUAACAAAUAACUUUUCUUUGACGUGUUAAGAGUGGUAAACCUACAACAUGUCGGACCUUUGUGAAGACAUUUUUGCAUAAUUUAAAUUGCCAAUAAUUCCUACAGCUUGCUCUGAUUGUAAAUUUAAAUGUCAUCCUGCAGUGUUAUUGUUAUGUCUUCAGCUUAUCUGCCCCACUUACGUUGUUAAAGAUGGAGGGUGUUCCAAUUUGUAAAAAUAAGCCAGAGCUGUGAUGAUGAAGAGUAAAGCUUUUUGUCGAAAAUGGUGAUAUGAACUUCAAGCAACUCCUGAAGUAAAAAUGAGUUUCUACAUUUAUAAUUUGUAGAUUUUAAUUUUUUUGUGUGUGAAUUUUGAACAGCUGGUGUUUAAUUUGUAGAACAGUGUGAUCACAGCUCAGAAUUUAACCAGUAAAGCUUUGACCAUUUAAACCUCA